CAGUUAGUCUCCGCCCCAAACAAAUAAUACAACGAAGAAGAAACCAUCAACAAGAUCUGCGAAACUUUAGGUGAGCAGCCACUUCGUUUCGGUCGUUCCAGUAAGAGCGAUGGGAGUCCUACCAGGGAAAACCCUUUCAAGUUUACUUUUCUUCAUUAUCCUCCUGUCAGAGGGACACUUUCGAUGGGUUGAGGCACAGCACUGUGUGUGGUAUGGGGAGUGUGGGGAGUCCGUAAAGGUGCCUGGAAAGAAGUACAACUGCAACUACACUGGUCCUCCCAAGCCGCUGGUCUCCCAGGGUUAUGACCUUCUCACGGAGCUUUGUCCUGGAUAUGACUACGGAAACCGAAGCCUCUGCUGUGAUGCUAACCAGUUGAACACCCUCAAAGGGAGUCUCCAGCUGCCCCUUCAGUUCCUGUCCCGGUGUCCCUCCUGUUUCUUCAACCUGAUGAACCUCUUCUGUGAGCUGACAUGCAGCCCUCACCAGAGUCAAUUCAUGAACGCCACCAACUUCAACGUCACCAAUGUCGUGGAGGUGCAGUACUAUAUUGGACAGACAUUUACCAACGCCAUGUACAAUGCCUGUAAGGACGUCCAGGCGCCGUCCAGUAACGUAAAGGCCUUAUCACUGCUGUGUGGAAAGGACGCAAAGGACUGCAAUGCUACCAACUGGAUUCAAUAUAUGUUCGAUAUUAACAAUGGACAGGUUCCUUUCUCUAUCACCCCCAUAUUCUCAGACGUCCCGGUGUCCGGUUACACUCCCAUGAACAACAAGACCUUCGACUGUACAGAAGGGCUGGAGGACGGUUCGGGUCCCUGCUCCUGUCAGGACUGCACGAAGGUCUGUGGCCCCAAACCUGUGCCUCCCCCUCUCCCCCCUCCCUGGACAAUCCUUGGCAUCGAUGCCAUGACUGUCAUCAUGUGGAUCUCUUACACAACCUUCCUGCUUUUCUUUAUUGGAGCUGUACUGGGAGCUUGGUGUUACAGGAAGAGGACCGUCAUGUCUGAGUAUGGCCCCAUAUUGGACAGCACUGACCCGCUGUCUCUCAGUGGUGAUAAUCCUGACCACGUAAAUGCAUCCUGCUGUGAAACAAUGGGUGAAUGCUUCGAGAAUGCUCUGCGGACCUUCUUCAGCUGCUGGGGUUCCUUCUGUGUGCGGCGUCCCUCUCUGGUCAUACUGGGCAGCCUGAUGGUGGUGGCCGCCUGCUCUGGGGGACUGGUCUAUAUGCGCAUCACCACCGAUCCCGUUAAGCUGUGGUCUGCUCCCACUAGCCAGGCUCGUCAGGAGAAGGACUACUUUGACAGCCACUUCGGACCCUUUUUUAGGACCGCGCAGCUCAUUAUAACCACGCCACUCAAUGACACUUUUAUUUACUCCCCAUACUUUGGAGGAUCAGAUGUCCCGUUUGGAGCCAUCCUGGACAAAGACAUCCUGCACCAGGUGCUGGACCUUCAGCUCGACAUCGAAAGCCUUAUUGCGACAUACGAGGGCGAAAGUGUCACCUUGAAGGACAUCUGCUUGGCUCCACUGGCUCCUUACAAUAACAACUGCACCAUCCUGAGCGUCCUGAACUACUUCCAAAACAGCCACGCUGAGCUGGACCACAGCGCAGGAGACGAGUUUUUCGUUUAUGCUGACUUUCACAGCCACUUCCUCUACUGUGUCGGUGCUCCAGCAUCCCUCAACGACACCACUGUCCUCCACGACCCCUGUCUAGGCACCUAUGGUGGCCCCAUCUUCCCUUGGCUGGCCCUCGGGGGUUACGAUGAAACCAACUACAACAAUGCCACUGCUCUAGUGAUCACCUUCCCACUCAACAACUACCUGAACGACUCCGUCAGGGUGGGCAAAGCUCUGGCAUGGGAGAAAGAAUUCAUCAAGUUUAUGAAGAACUUCAAAAAUCCUAACCUGACCAUAGCCUUCAGUUCUGAGAGGAGUAUUGAAGAUGAAAUAGACCGAGAGAGCAACAGUGACAUCAGUACCAUAGUAGUCAGCUAUGCCAUAAUGUUCAUCUACAUCUCCCUGGCCCUGGGUCACAUCAACAGCUGCAGGAGAGUGAUGGUGGAUUCUAAGAUUUCUCUGGGUAUAGCAGGGAUCCUGAUUGUGCUCAGCUCGGUGUCCUCCUCACUGGGGAUCUUCAGCUACUUUGGCAUCCCCCUCACCCUCAUUGUGAUCGAGGUCAUUCCUUUCCUGGUGCUGGCUGUUGGGGUGGACAACAUCUUUAUUAUAGUGCAGACAUAUCAGAGGGAUGAGCGGAUGCCUCAGGAGGAACUUCACCAGCAGAUUGGUCGUAUUCUCGGAGACGUAGCCCCGAGCAUGUUCCUCUCCUCCUUCUCAGAGACAGUCGCCUUUUUCCUGGGAGCUCUUUCCAGCAUGCCCGCAGUGAGGACUUUCUCUAUGUUUGCUGGCUUGGCCGUUUUCAUUGACUUCCUGUUGCAGAUCAGUUGCUUUGUCAGCUUGCUCGGAUUGGACGCCAGGAGACAGGAGGGGAAUCGACUCGACAUCUUUUGCUGUGCGAAGCUGCCGGAAGGUCAGGAAACGACGACGGACAGUUUCCUCUUCUGGUUUUUCAAGAAAAUCUUUGCCCCGUUCAUCCUCAAAGAGUGGGUCCGACCGAUCAUAGUGGCAGUGUUUGUGGGAAUGCUCUCCUUCAGUAUUGCUGUGGUGAAUAAAGUAGAGAUCGGACUGGACCAGCAACUCUCCAUGCCUGAUGACUCGUAUGUGCUGGACUACUUUAAGAACCUGAGCAUGUAUCUCCACACCGGAGCUCCAGUCUACUUUGUGGUAGAGGACGGUCUUGACUACAGCAGUCCAGAGGGCCAGAAUGCUGUGUGCGGAGGAGUCGGCUGCGGCAACAACUCUCUAGUCCAGCAGGUCUACAGCGCUUCACUCAUCAGCAACUACACAACCAUUGCCUUCACGCCGUCCUCUUGGCUCGAUGACUACUUUGACUGGGUGAAGCCGCAGUCCAGCUGCUGUCGAUACUACAACGCCAGUGAGGACUUCUGCAAUGCCUCUGUGGUGAAUCCGUCCUGCGUCCACUGUCGGCCCAUGACUCCCGAGGGAAAGCAGCGGCCAGAAGGAGAAGACUUCAUGCGGUUUCUACCCAUGUUUCUGUCAGACAAUCCAAACAUCAAGUGUGGAAAAGGCGGCCAUGCAGCCUACGCCACAGCAGUGGACCUGUAUCCCAACAACACCGGGGUCGGAGCCACUUACUUCAUGACUUACCACACCAUCCUGAAGGAAUCCCCGGAUUACAUACACGCUUUAAAGAUGGCCCGAGUCCUGGCUGAUAACAUCACUCAGUCCAUUGGCCACAAAGUGUUUGCCUAUAGCAUCUUCUAUGUGUUCUACGAGCAGUACCUCACCAUUGCGCAUGACACGGCUGUGAACUUGAGCCUGUCCCUGGCGGCCAUAUUUGUAGUGUCGACCGUGUUGCUGGGCUUCGAGGUGUGGUCGGCCGUGCUCGUCAGCGUUACCAUCGCCAUGAUCCUGGUCAACAUGUUUGGAGUCAUGUGGCUGUGGAACAUCAGCCUCAAUGCAGUGUCCCUGGUGAACCUGGUCAUGUGCUGUGGGAUCUCGGUGGAGUUCUGCAGUCAUAUUGUGCGAGCGUUUUCCAUCAGCGUGAAGAAGAACCGAGUGGAACGGGCUGAGGAGGCCCUGGCUCACAUGGGCAGCUCGGUGUUCAGUGGGAUCACACUAACAAAGUUCGGAGGAAUCACGAUCCUGGCUCUUUCCAAGUCGCAGAUCUUCCAGGUCUUCUACUUCAGGAUGUACUUGGCCAUCGUGCUGCUGGGGGCCACGCACGGCCUCAUCUUCCUACCCGUGUUGCUCAGUUAUAUCGGUCCCUCGGUGAACAAAGCGAAAGUGUUCGCCGCUAACAAGCGCAACGCUGGUACAGAAAGGGAGCGCCUCCUCAACUAGUAGCAGGCUGUCUGGGACAAUGAACAAUGAACUAUUUGUCUGAAAGAGACUGUGUGGGUGUGAGCACAAGCCAUUUCUCUGAUUACUGACACACUAAUCAUCAUCGUCGUCGUCGCCACUACUAUGCACGGAUUUAACUCAGGAAUAAACUUGUGAAUAGGGAGUGCCAGAGGACUAGUCCAACUGCAAACCUACAGAUUUUCUCAACAGACUUGGACACCCCCCCCCCCCCCCCCCCUCCUCCUCCUCCUCCUCCUCCUCCUCCUCCUCACACUACAGUAAAAAGGCCUGACUUCAGCAUUUUUAGCAUGAGCAAUAAUUCCUCUUUGAUUGUGGAAGUAGAGGAGACCCCAACAUCAGUUUACAGACAACCUGCAGUCAGUUCCAUAUGCUAUGAGCUAUUGUGAUUGGGAAAACUCAAAAGGGUAAAACUGGUUAGUUUUUUCAUAUUUUUUUGUAUAUAUAUAUAUAUAUAUAUAUACAUACACACACACACACACACCAGAAAUGAUGUACUGGUGUGGGACUUUUGUUGAACUAUUUGAUAUUAUGAAUCAUGGAACACGGCACACAGCGGAGCUAACGGAUAACAAUAUCACGGGCCCUCAUGAUACCUGGCAUCAACAUCGUACACGGGGUUCACACACUGUAUUCUAAAGCAGGACAGCUAGACGUAGCAAUAAUGUGCUUCCUGUGCCACUUUGGACGCUAAUGUUUUCACUCCAUCACCAAAUGAGGUUUGUGUUUUCAGCUUAAUGGGUUUUUGGUUCACAUCCAUGUUGGGAGAGCAGUGAAGGAAGAAGAGGUUUUGAUUUCUACGUGGAUGUGGACGUAAACACCCUCAAAACUGAAACCUCAAAACUCGGUGUUGCUUGUUGCUCUCCAAACUGCAUCCUGCCAUGUCGUUUAUUUCCACAUUGGAAGCUAUUUAAAUGAUCUGGAGCAACAUUUCAUUUUAGAGCUAGUUGAUGUGUCUUAAGUGUCCUUUUUGAAGUGUUUGCAGAACUAUAUUGCUUUUACUAAAACCCUGUGUGUGACAUCAGUCAAGAUACAUGUGGAUGCCAGGUGAAGAGGGUGCUAUAAGGCGAUUGUGCGAGACGUUUUUUUUAGUUCCUGAACAGAACAUUUGUUGUGUAAAGAGGAGCUUUACUGUAAAUGGCUUACACAGGGCUAAUUUCGACGUUUUCAUUCGUCAGCUAGAGUGUGUUGGUAUAGAAAACGGUAGGGUACAGUCCUGAAUUUUUCAUUCCAUUUAAGUUAUUUUUUUGUUUUAACCAUUACCAUUUUGUUACCAUGCAUAGCUUUCUUAAAAACAAAACGAACCCUUCCAGUGAUGUUUCAAGUAAAGGCAUCGCUUUGUUUUCAAGGAAAACUAAAAAACAUCCCAGAGCCAUGGGCGUCACCGGCACCACAACACGUCCCAGAUGAUCGCCAACUAGUUAAAUUUGAAAAGGGUUGUGACAUCAGUGGAAGAGGAUGUUAAUAUUUUACCCAAGCUGCUUAAUAUCUGCUGGGGUCUUAAAGGAACAGUACCCUUCCUUGUUUGUAGUUAGGUUUUUUCCUUUUUUUGGAAUGUAAGAAAGAAUUGUCACUGCAGUUUAAACCUAAAUGUGAAAGAAGUUUCUGAGCAAACGACUAAAUAAUUUGUAUCGUGAUUAACGAAGAAUUGUGCUUGUUAAUAACAGUGCUGUACAUUGAUAACGACAAAUCAUCUCUGACAUUAGACAAUAUCACUGUGGGGAAAAGAGACUGAACCAAGCAUUGAAUACUUUAGAUUUUAACCCUUUUAACGGAUAUUAAAUACCUCUCAGAAAAGUAUGUGCUGCAGCCUGCCUCUCCUUGGUAUUUGUUGUGGAAUUACAUGUUAUUUAAUAUGAUAGUACCCUAGUUAGAAUGGGGUACAUAGAAUAAACACUGAAAAUAUUCCCAUUAAGUGGGACGUCAUCGUUCAGCUCCUUGUUUAAGGUUGGUGUAACUGCAGUGGAUGCUUCUGUUGCAUAGAACAGACAGUUAUAUUCAGACUGACCACUGAGUGGCGCCUGAAUCUGUUCAUGGAGCUCUGUCUGCAUCGUGCUCUCAGUAAUGUAGUGGGAGUGAGCUAAUUGUUAUGUCUUGAACAGCAGCAGUCUUGCCAUGCUCUCACAUAGUCGGUGAAUUUCAUUCCUGCAGGGUGCGAAAAUUUCAAAUGCCAACUCUACAGAGCAUAUGAACUGAGGGCAUCUUAAUAGAGCGGCUUGUUCGGGGUCUAAAUCUGCAGCUUUUGGGAUAUUUACGCCAAAACUUUGACAGCACAUCAGUCACUCGCACCCCCAUUUGAAAGUGGCUGCCAAAACCCGCAGCAAUGUACUUCCUCCCAGCGUGUGUUGUGUCUGUCUGUCCAGCCCUGCUGUCACACAAGCCUCCAGCUCAUGACUUAUUUGUCCGCUGCCCUGUGAGAGCGGGGACUGUUCUUUGAAUCUCGCUGAGAUAUUCAUUUCCUCUGCAGGUCUGCUGUGCUGUCUGCAGGGGAGGAGGAUAUACCUGUUGUGAGAGCACUGUUAUGUAAGACUUGCGAGGUCCGCCUCUCACCAGACUCUGACCUAUCCCCAACUUUUGUCAUGUCGCAAAAGCACCUAAACUGCAAGUUCAACAUGGUGUGAAACACAUUUUAGGAUCUAAAAUAGAAACUGAAUUGAAAGCUGACAAAUAUAACUGAAUACAAUAAGGUUACGCUCACAUUGUUUUGGCUACAAAACAAUCGGAAAUGAAUAGCCCCGCUCAUGAGUAUUCUGAGGAUUGUAUUGUAUUUUUAUGCUAUUUUAGAUAUCAGGUGAUGAAAUAUAGUGUGUAUGAUGAAAUACACACUAUACUUUUUUUUUUUUUUUUUUUUUUUUAAAUACAAUACUUGAUUUUUGUUUAUACAUAGUUUACAUUCUUAUGACCUUAUUGACAUACUAUACUAUGACUUUUUUCAAAAUACCUUUCUUGAUAAGCUAUGCUAUAACGUUCGAUUUUUUUAGAUUUUUUUUGGACAGGUUAUACUAUGACAUAUUUUGACAUCAAUGCUAUGACUUUUUAAUUACUUUGACAUAUUUUACCGUGACUUUUUUCGACGUACAUACACAUUUUAUGACUUCAUGGCAUACUGUACUAUGAUUUUAUGACACACACUAACAUUGUUAUGGCUUACUGUGCUGUGACAUUCUUAUGACAUCUGCUUCUGAAACUCGUUGGGUAAAAGUACGUGGACUGUGCUCUUUUCAAAUCAAGUCCUAUGUAUGUCCACUAGCCCUUCCCUGUGCUUCCUCCCACAUCAAUAAAUAAGUGUAAGAAGCG